AUGGUUCCCAAUGUUCGACCCACCACAAUACUUGCCCUUGGUGCUUUCACCUUCGUCGUGACAACCAGUGCUCUUUCUCUAUUUUCCAUCAAACAGUCCAAGAAAAAGGCUGUCAAAUGGCCCCGUCGUGAAAAGCUACCCAGAGACCUCGAGACUUGGAAGUUCCUCGUCAUCGAAGACUACAUGGACGCAUGGAAUGAGCUCCGCCCUCUUCUCGCGCAGCAUAACCUCGAGCUCUGGAGAACCACGAUAGGACAACAGCUCUGGGAGCACGACCUGCCUCCGCAUGGCGACAACUUUCUCUACCUGACCAGUCACGACACGCCGAGUAAAUCCCUGGUAAACUGGUGUAGAUUCAGCGUGCUGACGGUGUGUCUGCACCACGCUGCGCGCAUGGAUGGAAUUCGCGAUGUCGUUCUCCGCGUCGUUUCCUUAUCAGCCGGAGAUACAGGCCAGACGCAUCUACGAAUACUGAAGCGCCUGGCAUCACCCCCUGAUCAGCUGCUAAGCAGCAACCACAUCCUACCAAUAUUACAAGAGAUUUACUUUGAGGAUAUAGUCAUUAUAGCCGUCCCGAAGCUUAUUUAUAAUGUUCGCGAGGUGCUACGCUACAGAAAGUCAAAUUCGGUUGAGGACGCGCUGUACAUGGACCUAUAUCUCCCCAACUUUAUGGUCGAAUGGAUGCCAGAGUCUCUCUCAAAACGCACGACCGUGGCUCGGCCAAGGGUAUAUAUGAUCGACUUCGAAACAGCCGUUGACUUCCUCCCGGACUCCAUAGAGGCGGAUAGAGUGUGCACGACAUUCCACCGGGAUCUAGACCAAUUCGGGCGAUACAUCGCACCGGAACUUCGAACGAAGGAGCCAUAUUGUCCUUUCAAGUUGGAUAUGUGGCAGUUGGGUGAAGAUCUUCGGAUCAAUCUUACCGGAUUGGAUGAGGUUGAUGGAUUGUGGCAGGCCCUUUGCAUGCCUAAUCCUCAAGACCGCAUGAAUGCUGACACGGCGCUUAAAACUCUCGACGAUUACCUUCGCAAAACUCCCUCUAUCGAUCUCCACAGGGAGAUUUUAAACCCGUUGGAUGCCAAUGAACCCAUUUUUUUAUAUAACUGA